AUGUCCAUGGACGACUGCUUCCUCCCGCUCCCCUCCCCACUUCAUGACAGCGGGCGUUUGCGGAAGGAGUAUCUGAGAAGGUAUAAGGGGAAUUCAGUGCAUGCCUUCCCAGAGGAGGAGCCAAAGCAACACCAAGUCCAAGUUUCACGUGCCGCUUCAAAGGGGAGAUAUGCAAGGUUUAAGGAGAAUUUAAAUGCCAAGGCAGAGGAGACAAAGCAACACCACCAUCAAGUUGCCGUCUCAUGCUCCGCUUCAAAAGGGAGGAAUCGAGCUGGUUGGAUGUCCCAUGAGAGGAGCACUCCUGAAGGUAUCAACAUGAAGGAACAUGCUUGGAGGUUUCGGUUCCCCUUCCCCGAACUCCCGAAGUCGACUUACCGUGGUGACCUGAAUUCCCUUGGAAGGCCAGUUGUAAUGAAACAGAGGAAACCUCUGGAGGUGAGGAACGCUCUUCGUGAAAGAAGAGUAGCGGCCAAACAAAAGGCUGCGCGCUACCAUGCGGAAGUGGCCCUGCGCAAAUAUAACAGAGCAAACAACACCAAGUUUGAGCUGCUGGAGGUAAAAGUGAUAUCUAUAUUUUCCGAAUUUGGAGGAGCCGGGGCCCACUAUAACUUCACAGCUAAGCAGCCUGAUGCUGACAGUACCAAGCUAUUCUUCUCUGAAGUCGACCUCUAUUUUCGGAGUGAGAAUGAUGUGAUCAUGUGCUGUAUAGUUGAGGAAAAUGAUGCAGGCCAUUGCUAUGGAUGCAAAAACUACCAGCCUGUUAUUCACCCAAGCAGCGAAGCAUACGGGGGUGGUAGUAGUACUUGUAUUGACUACCCUUAUCCAGACAGUGAAAGCUCAGAUAGCGAUUAGUAAUGUAACGAUUGAAGCUUGGUGGCUGGCUUGUGUGGCCAUUCUUCUCUGGUGUGUCUUGGAUUGCCCUUGUGAGAAUAGCUUCCGCGGGGAGUAGAUGAAGUUGAUAGACUUGUCAUGGGAUGGAAACCUGAGUUUUAACUUGAUAAUGUCAUAUUUGCUCUCGUGAUUUGUUGUCUUGGCUUUGGAGGAUAUGUGCUGCAAUGAGUAAAUGAGCUUUAGAGAUGUGUGAUGGGAUGAGAAACCUGGGUUAUAAUUUUUUGACUAUGAACCUGGGUUAUAAUUGAAUGUUGUUGUGCUAUCCUUGCAAUUCGAUUACACUUGCAACUGA